AUGCAGGUUGCGGCCGGCUGCGAGGGCUCGCCGGCGGCGACGGAGGGGGGCGACCAGCAGAGCUCCAAGAAGCCGAGGCUGGCCGCCGAGCCACUCCUCCUCCAUGCACCGGUGAAGCAAGAGAUGGCCGUGCUCCAAACGGCCGGAGACGGGGCCGCGGUCGUGGCGGCGGACCACGGCUCCAGGAUGGAGAUCGCCGUGAAGAUGGACGUGACCCUGCUCCAUUGCCCCCUCUGCAUCACCCCCUUGAAGCCCCCCGUCCUUCAGUGCAAGGGCGGGCACGUGGCCUGCGGCGGCUGCCUCGUGGAGCCCUGCGCGGAGUGCGGCAGCGCCUUCGACGUCCGCAGCACGGUGAUGGACGCCGUCGUCUCCUCGACCACGGCCGAGUGCGACCACGACGGCUGCGGGCGCUACGUCACCUACCACGAGCUCGACGGCCACCGCGGCGAGUGCCCGCACGCGCCCUGCGACUGCGCGGUCCGCGGCUGCGGCUUCGUCGGCCCGGCGCCGGCGCUCCUCGGCCACCUCACCGCCCUCCACUCGAUGCCGGUCCACAACUUCCAGUACGGCAAGGUCCUCGCGCUCCAGCUGCCGGCGACGCUGGAGCCGCGGGGCCUGCUGGUCGGGGACGAGGACGGCCGCGCGUUCCUCAUGGUCGGUGGCGCGCUCGGCUCCGGCGCGGCCGUGUCGGCGGUGUGCGUCAGGGCGGAGGCCAUGCUGUGGCCGCGGUACACGCUCAAGGUGUGGGCGAGCGGGCCGGCGCCGGCGCCGAACCGCAAGGCCGACACCGUCAUGGCGGAGAUCGAGGUGGCGAGCAGCAGGGCGCCCGGCGCCGUCGCCGUCGAGGAGCUGGCGUACCUGGCGGUGCCGCCCAAGUUGCUGGUCGGGGCGGGGGCGGCCCGGCGGAUGUCCCUCAAGAUCCGCAUUGACAAGUUCACCUCCUGA